AUGAAGCUCCUCAGCAUCAGCCUCCUCCUAGCCUCGGUGGCCUCUGUCAGAUCGGCAAGCCGGUGCACGAUCAAGUUCAUGCUCACAAGCGGUAUCACGAUGACCGAUCCGACGGGCAAUCCUGGCAGCAUGGUGGCCCCGGAUAGUUUCGAUCUUGUGGUCAACUCCAAAUUCACUGCGUUUGAACGUAAAGUGAAAGCGACCGACAGCAGUACUAAAGUGUCGAAAGACUACUUGUGCACAUACUCUCCAGUUGCGGGCAAGGAGCUGGCGCCGGGUCAGACGGUGGUGGUGGUUCUUUUCAUUGCACCGGACUCGACGGUCCUCAUCCCAGCCACUGAUUAUGUGACCACUGAAUGCAAGGCCGCAGCUGCAUAUACCAACUUGAGAGUGUUCUGCGUGUUGCGCAUCUGCGAGACCGCAGACGCGAGGGCGUCGACGGCGGGCAAGUCGCACAGCAUUCACGUCCGCCCCGUGUUGGAGCCUCGGCCAGGGGAGAAAAGGGGGGCUCAAGCAUCCCUUGUACAUAUACACCACCCCCUGACGGAGGAGGAGCGGGACUCCCUUAUCCUAUCAGCACAAAAGAGCGACCCCAUCAGUAUGAAGAUCCUCAGCAUCGCCCUCCUCCUAGCCUCGGUCGCUUCUGUCAGAUCGGCAAGCACACUCAAUCUCGUUUUUACAUACGGAGUCACAAUGGCCGACCCAACUGGCACCGCGGGGACUCUAGAGGGGCCGGACAACGUCGAGCUGGUGGUCGACGGCAAAUUCGCUCCGUUUGAACGCCAAGUCAAAGUGACCGACGCCAGUGGGUGGAAGGAGUACACGUGCAAAUAUUCUCCAGUUGCGGACAAGGAGCUGGCGGUAGGUCAGACGGUGGUGGUGCCUCAUUAUGUCGCCGUGGGCUUGGUCCUCAUGACCGAUGGUAAGGGUUAUGUGACCAUUACGUGCACGGCUGCACUCCUAAUUAGAGAUUCUGAAUCUUGCGGUCUCGCCAAAUUUUUAACCGCCGUUGGCGAGCAAACCGCCAUCGUAGUAUCAAACACGUCCGCCCCUUGUACAUGGGUUGCACCCCCUGACUGUACAUGGAUCGGCGGGUCUCCCUUGUCUUAUCAGCUCAAAGCAGCACGUUUCAGAGCGAUUGCAAUUUCAAGAUGUUUCGACCUUUUGAAACAUCCUGCCCAUACUGCCAGCCCAACAUGA